AUGGAAAUAGCUACUCAGUCCCUUUCCUAUGCCAACCUUCCAAGGCUUCCAACCUUCUCUUCUUCUCUCUCUCCUCCCAUUUUUCACUCUAAAUCUUCUGUUGUUGCUUAUCAUUCUGUCACCUAUUUGGGUUUUGAUUGCUUACCCAGAAAGCUGAAACGCAGUGGAAGGCUACACAGGCAAUUUGGAGCUAUACGUGCUUCUGGUGGUGAAAGCACUUCAACAAAUGAUGCAGAAAGAUGGCUUCUUGAACCUGUGGGUGAUGGUGAUUCAAGGCACAUAGGUUUUAAAGUUCCAAUGCCAGAUGCAUUUGAAAUAACUUCUAGUGUGGUGACUGUUGGGCGUGUGCCUGAGAAAGCAGACUUGGUCAUUCCUGUAGCAACAGUAUCUGCUAUGCAUGCCCGCAUUCAGAAGAAGGAAGAAAUUCUUUUAGUCACAGAUUUGGACAGCACGAAUGGGACAUUCAUUGAUGACAGACGCCGUAGACCUGGUGUUGAUACCGCUGCAUCACCUGGAACUUGUAUUACAUUUGGCGAUACACAUCUAGCGAUGUUCCGGGUUUCAAAGCUUGAGAAUGCAAAGGUUUCUGCAGAAUCAGAGGGUCCUGAAUCUAAGGCGGAGAUUGGAGAUCCAAAUUCAGAAAGUAGAAGCUAA